AUGGCAUCUCCGGUGUCCGUGGUUUGCGUGGGCAUGGCUGGCUCAGGCAAGACUACCUUCAUGCAAAGAAUCAACUCCUAUCUGCAUGAAAAGAAGACCGUCCCAUAUGUGGUCAACCUCGACCCCGCGGUGCACUCGGUGCCCUUCGAGAGCAACAUCGAUAUCCGUGACUCCAUCAAUUACAAAGAAGUGAUGAAACAGUACAACCUGGGUCCUAAUGGAGGAAUCUUGACUUCGUUAAAUCUGUUCGCCACCAAGGUCGAUCAAAUCAUCUCGCUCUUGGAGAAACGCACCGCCCCAAACCCCGAAAACCCUUCCGCAAAGCCAAUCGAACACAUCCUAGUCGACACCCCCGGCCAAAUCGAAGUCUUUGUCUGGAGUGCAUCGGGCAGUAUCCUUCUCGAGACCAUGGCGACAUCAUUUCCGACAGUCAUCGCAUAUGUUAUCGAUACACCUCGCGCAAGCUCUACCAGCACCUUUAUGAGCAACAUGCUCUACGCAUGCAGUAUCUUGUACAAGACCAAGCUUCCCAUGAUCUUGGUUUUCAACAAGACUGAUGUCAAGGAUGCUGAGUUUGCCAAGGAAUGGAUGACCGACUUUGAUGCAUUCCAGCAGGCACUGCGGCAGGAGGAAGACUCAGGCGCCUUUGGAGCUGAAGGCGGUGCCGGUGGCUUUGGUUCUGGCAGUGGAUACAUGGGAUCCCUUCUAAACAGCAUGAGUCUCAUGUUGGAAGAAUUCUAUCGACACCUCAGCGUCGUUGGCGUCAGCUCAAUGACUGGAGAUGGCAUUGAAGAGUUCUUCGAGGCUGUGGAGACGAAGCGACAGGAGUUUGAACGUGAUUACAAGCCUGAAUUGGAGCGCAAGAAGAAAGAGCGGGAAGAUCAAUCAUCAUCCCAGCGGGAGCUUGAACUUGGAAAACUAAUGAAAGACAUGAAUGUGUCUGGGUCAAGCCGGCAGCCGUCGAGGAAACCCGCCGGAGAGGAGCCUGAGACUGUCAGUGAAGCCGAAGAUGAAGAAGAUGAGAUCAUCAAGCGCGGAUUGGCAGAUGGAGAAGACAGUGAUUAUGAGGACUACGUCGGCCCUAACGCUGGCAAUGAUGAGGGUCUCUCCCAGCGUUACCAGGAGGCUCUGUCAGGCUCCCAAAGUGCUCCAACAGAACAGGACAACAGCUUCACGAGAUAUUUGCGCGCGAGCAAUAUGCAACAGUGA